CACAACACUUGGAAGUCUUUAUUAUGGCAAACAAUUUUGCCAGCCAGUGGCCUCUUCAGUCCAUUAUGAAGAUUCCCAAGAGUGAGACAUUCUUUAACUUGUCGGUUUUCUAAGCCAUUUACAUCAUAUUCUAAUUGUAAAUGUGUGGUGAAAGUUUUUUAAUUAUUGCAGCAAUUUAAGAUGAAAAUCUGUUCAUUGUAAAUGUGUUGUGAAAGGAUUUGUAAAUAUUGAAACAAUGUAGAAAAAACUUCAUUGUAAAUGUGUUGUGAAGGGAUUUGUAAAUAUUGAAACAAUUUAGAGAUAAAAAUUUGUUUAUUGUAAAUAUGUUGUGAAGGGUUUUGUAAAAUAUGUCAAUUUUCUUGCUUAUUCUAAGUCUUUUCUUGUUACCCUGGCCCAGGACCCUACAUGGGGUGCUGCACCGGUCCCGUGAAGGAGAAUUCAGCGACCGGCUGGUGUCCUUGCCGGCCCACAGCUAUGCCAGGGACGUUCUCGCUACCUUCCAGGAUGCUGCACUCAUACUUCUCACUGAUGCUCCCAUCUCCCUCUCCCCUGGCAGAGAUAAACCUUGUGACAUCAGCCGGGGCUAUUUGGAAUGUGGCGAUGGCACCUGCUUCCUCCACGAUCAUCUGUGUGAUGGCAGGAACCACUGUAGCAAUGCCUUUGAUGAACUGGGAUGAUUUGCAUCAUUCCUUAUGGCUAAGCUGCCCUGUCCAAUACUAGAAAUGCAGACUGCACCAGAGACUUGCCCCGAGGUAUUGUGAUCAGUUAGUUACAGAUACAUUAGUAUUUUUUUUUU